UGUUACAACCACAGACUGUAUAAAAUAGGUUACAACCCUCCCGCUGUCCCGCACUACCGGAAUCUGACUGCCGGUGAGGACGUGGCGUGGCGGAAACCCCGGAGAGAGGAGCACAAAGAGAAGCUCCCUGCGCAAACUCACUGACACGACAGCGGCUCUGUCCUUCCACGUGGACCCAGUCAUUGAUCAAAACACUCCGGUCGGUCUCCGUGGCAGCCAGGGAGCGCGCGUGCCGCCGCCGUUGCGCAGUGCAGACCGGGAGGCGCGAGCAGGGCUGUGCGUGGUAGAGGUGUUCUCCAGAUAUGAACCUGUAAACGCAAACCUGCUCGAAUUAAAGCUUUUUAUUGUCCACACAUCCACUAUGCAGACAGGUGUGUUCAUGGAGUCUCACCUGGGCAGAUCGGUCCCAUGUGUCCUGUCCCUGUUCCUGCUCAUACAUUUGUGCCUAGCUGCACCAGGUGUACCUGGGACACAAAGGGAGGAAUCAGUAGAUGCCCGUCCCCCUUCAGUAGCGCUAGCCAAUCCCUUUGGCUCUGGAGAGGACAACCGCAGGUUGCUGCAAAGUUACAUUCAAUCCAGUCUGACGGAUGACCAAGGAGGACCAGAAAUCAGCACCUGGGAGCAAGAGGUAUUCUUCCUGUUUCGUCUUUAUGACUACGAUCGCAGUGGACUCCUGGAUGGCUUGGAGAUGAUGAAGCUACUUUCAGACUAUAACUCCCAUCAUACACCUGGAGCACAGGCCAAUGAGCUGGUGGUGUCUAUGGUAGACUUUUUACUCCAGACUCAGGAUCUAAACCAGGACGGCCUGUUGGCCCCAUCCGAGCUGCUGUCUCCUUCAUUACCUCACACACAGGACUCCAGCAACAACGAAGCACCUCACCAGGAGCAGGUGGUGGCAGUGGAGGAGAAGCUGUCAAACCCCAGUACUGACGAAGAGAAGGCAGGAGCAGCUGAGCAGCAAGAGGAGGCUCAUGAGGAAGUAAAGACAGCAGAAAAGGAACUCAAAGAGCAAACAGACGAACAGCAUGGACAACAAAUCCCAGAAGCCCCAGCAGGAGAACAGGGGCAGGAUCACAACGUCCCUGUUCAUCUGGGGCAACCAGAGAUAUGAAUGCAAACACACAUGCUGGUUCAGUCCACACUAUCAUUCUGUGCUCUCGAGUCAAGCCAGCAGAAGACUGAUGACUGAGUUAAAAUACUGCUCUCAACUCAGAGGACUUCUUCUUCUGCAUCCCCACAAAUGGUCUUCCUCUUGAUUUGAAUUCUGAGAUUCUAACAUCCAUUUCAACUGACUGUUAAACAUUGAUAAAUCAUUGAUAAAUGAAAAGAUGAAUCCUGUCACUUCAUUAGAAAACUUUUUCUACAACAAGUACCAAGUACCUAUUGGUUUUAUUUUUGAAUGCAAAGAUUUCUAGAGCUGAAUUCAAAAUGCAAUAUUAUCCAUAUUAGUAAAACAACAGCCAUUAUUAAUAGACAUUAGUACUUUUAGUAUUUUUUUCUUCUUCCAGCAAGUGAAACAGUUGAUAAUCUCAUUUUAAAUAAUUUGAAAAUUGUAAAAUGUACUUGAUUUUAAAUAUUUGAUUUGAAUUGAAUUGUAUUUAUUUACCCUUUUCUGUCAUACUUGAAACAUUUAGCAUAUUUUUAAUGUGUUUGUGUUUCUCUAUAUAGAGUAUGUUGUUUCAUGUACACACUGAUUGGCCUUAUUGUGUCUUUCCCACUCUAGGCUUUGGAUUUGCACCUAGUAGUUGUGCACCAGGAGUGCAUCUGGACUGUUAGUUCAACUGGUCUCAUUUAGAGACAGCUCAGUUUAGCCAGUGUGAUAAGACACACUGGUGUGCCACGAAAUUAAAUUUGGUCUUCAAUGAGAAUUUCCUCAGCCCACAUACACAAUGACUUUCUUUUGACGCACUUGAGUACGAUCCAGUAAGCAUUAUAUUUUGAUGAGGGUUUUAAUGUGCCUGAAUGAGUUGGGAACCAUCAAAUUACAGAACAGUACUGUGCUUUUAAUGAGUACUUAAUGAGUUACAGCCUUCUACCACCUUAGACUACAGGCUUAAAAACUUUCAUCUUCAUAAUUAAGGUUGGGAAGGCCUCGUUGAAAUAACAUUAGAUGAAAUGUAAUAUUAAAUUCAGCCUUUAUCUGCUUGAAAUGUGUUUACAGUAUGAAAGGGUUUACUAUUUGUUGUAUUUUUUUUCCUUUUUAACCAGUUAUGCAUUUAUACAGCUGGAGAAAAUAAAGCAAUCGUUUUUUUGUCCCUCUUUCAUUAAGAGGGACCUGGAUGCAGACACAAUGGCGGACCUCCGCAAGAGGCACUCUCCGUCCUCAGCAGCAGAAGUUGGGUCUUCUUGUCAUUUUUGCGUGUACAUCUACAUUGUGCAUGUGCAUACGUGCAUGGUCCACUUGUGGCAGAAAAUGGAAAAAGACGAAACACAACAACUUUAUUCACUGAUUUUGGUGAAAUUGGAUCUUAUUUUAUUGAACCAUUAUUUUCUGGCAAAAACGACAAGAAGGAGACCAACUUCCGCUGCUGAGAUCACAUGAUUUCCUGUAAACUGCGGAGGUGCUCCAUUGUGUGUCUGCAGCUAGGUACUCUUUCUUUCAUUCUGUCUCCUGUUAAGCCCAUGGCACACCAAUCAAAGUUUUGUUGGAUUUGUCAGAAUUAUUUUUAAAGGCACAAACACAACACAUACAUACACUGUAUAUUAUUAUACUGUAAAAUAGGCAAAGCUAAGAGAACAAAAAGAAAUUAAUGGUUUGCAUUAAUUAAUUCUGUGUAUUGGGACAAUAAAGUUUUUUCUUCA